AUGAUGGAGGAAUAAACACGUCAUGGGCCGGUGGGGGAGGGGUGAGGAAUGUGCGCGUUAACGGCAGCUUUAGAAAAAGGAAAAAAACGCGCCCCUCGUGUGCGUCACGGCCCCCGCGGUUCGUUUGCUCUCCAGCGACUGGCUUCAUGCUGAUAACAGACAACUGCGCCCGGGGAACACAUGACGAGGAGCGGCGGCGACAAAACAUCAUUAUGGGUCAACUUUGUUUGGCUGCUGCGGGUUGUAAAAACGACACUCAUAUGUUGGAACAUAUCCAUCACUUCAAAAACAUCCUAAAACUGAAAUAGUGCGUAUUUAUGUCACGGUUUUACUGACUUUUUGUUGCCCCUUUAUAUUCAUCCAACAAUUCAAACACCAUCCAUAUUCGGAAUGUGGUCAAACUGGUCAUCUGGACACGUUAUUAGUAAGUAGUCUCCAUGGUUACUGCUGUCAUGAGGGGGGUUUAUCACGUGUAUAAAUGAUCUUGUAAGUGCAAUAACAGCUUAGAAAACCCCUCCGUGUCUCUACAAACAUGGCCCUGCUCUCUGAUAAAAGCCAGUCUGUUUGGUCGCUUCACCUUCUCGAACCUGGACAUACAAAUUAAGGGGAAUUAGUCAUUUAUUUAUGAGCUUUAUGGCUGAGUCUCGGGUCAUUUUCACCUUUCCUUUGUGUUUUUUUCUUACCACCAUUGUCAAAUCAAGGGCCAAUCAUCUCCCGGUGUUUGGUGAAUACAGGGACCAGGCUGUCAUCAAAGGCAGCGGGAUCUCCCUUUAUCACCCACAGCCCACUCAGGUGUGGAGCUCAGUCCACUCUCACUAAAAUAUGACCAUAGCAGGAGCUCUGCGCCUCUGGAUCCUCCUCGCCCUCCACCUGAGGUGCGCGGCGCCGCUCACCAUCCCUCGGGGCAGAGGGGCGGCGGAGCGGCGGGUCAGCGCGGACCAGGAGACGAGGACCGCGGGCGAGCGUCUGGACGCGCUGCUCCACCUGAAGGAAUCGCUGCGCGGUCCGGCUGCUGCUCCGCACAAGAAGGCGCCGCAGUUCAUGCUGGAUCUUUUUAACGCGGUGUCGGUUUCAGAUGGAUCACCGAAGAGCCAGAAAGACAUUUUGGAAGGAAACAUAGUGAGGAGCUUUGAGGAUAAAGGUCACACAGGAGAGAGGUUUCACUUCUUCAACCUGUCAUCUUUCGACAAAGAGGAGAGAAUGAUCAAAGCAGAGUUCCGUUGGUUCAGAAAGAAACAGAAGUUUUACCUCGGAAAGUCAUAUGGACCUCAUUUCUAUAAGGUGGAUCUGUAUGAGGUGCUGGACAGCAGAGUGAAGCCGUGGAGAGGAAACCUCAUCACGUCCAGACUGGUGCCACUCUACACUCAGGGAUGGGAAGUCUUCAACGUCACUCAAACAGUGUCUAAGUGGAUCCGGAACAGUCAGGAGAACAACGGCAUCCUGGUGGUGACCACACUUCCUUCUGGUAACUGGAUGGAGUCGGUGGUGUCGUCGUCAUCCAAGCAGAGUGGAGAGCUGUCUGACACUAACUCCUACCUGGUCAUAUUCUCUGAUGACGGGAGGACAGGAGCGUCCAACCAGUCAUACCUGGGUCAAGGUCGACCUCCAGCAGCAGCACCUGCGCAUCACGACCACAGCAGCAGGAAGAAACGUGCGUCUACCGGUUCCUCCUCCCACGGCCACUCGCAGCCCUGCCAGCGGGUUCCUCUCUUUGUCGACUUUGAGGAGAUUGGCUGGUCAGGCUGGAUCAUCUCUCCCCGUGGAUACAACGCCUACCACUGCAAAGGCUCCUGUCCAUUCCCACUGGGCGGAAGCCUCAGAGCCACCAACCACGCCACGGUGCGCUCCAUCAUGCACGCGCUGAGGCUCUCUGCUGAUGAAGUGGGAGCGCCCUGCUGCGUACCCGACAAACUCCAGUCCAUCAGCUUGUUGUACUUUGACGACGAGGAGAACGUGGUCUUGAAGCAGUACGACGACAUGGUGGCACUAAGCUGCGGCUGCCACUGAUCUUCCCUUUUUAACGAUGAGCGGACAAUGAUGGGGAUGAUGGGGGAUGAUGGCUUGAGGGAGCUAUUUUAAAACACUGUAUUUUUGUGAAAAUGUUUAUUUAUUGUAUUAUUUUUGAGAAAUAAAACCACUAUUCCCCUGCUAUUAAUCAUCCUUUUUCCUAGGUUAGUCUAUGCGUUUAUAAGGAGUUGAUAGCCCUGAAUACUACAGACUGACGGGAUUAAUAAUCCUGAAUUUAGAUAAUGUU